AACAAUAACGAGGUCUGUCCGUCAUGGCAGCGAGUACCUACCACUCACACAAUAGGAGUGUUAUACGCCGAGCACGUGCGGGGGAUUUAUUAGAAUUCAACCGUGGAUGGUACUCCCAUUGGGCUGUCUAUAUUGGUAACGAGGAGGUGGUACAUCUUGGUGGUAUCGAUAAUGACGGAAUCAAUGGUACCUUGAAGUCCAAUCACGUGUUCACGAUCUGCGGGAAAACGUUUAACAAAGCCGUUGUAAAGAAAGAAAACUUCUGGAAAGUGGUUUUUGACUCCAAAGUCGAAAUCAACAACACUAAAGACAAGAAAUGCAGACCCAAACCAGCCCACGAGAUUGUAAGAGAAGCGCUGAGUAAGCUCGGGGAGAUAGGAUACAAUGUUCUCUGGAAUAAUUGUGAACAUUUCGCAGCUUUCUGUAGAUAUGGCGUCAACUGGUCAGAACAGGCGAACAAAGCCCUGACGGGGAUCGCGGCGGUCGGGGCGACUGUCGUGGUAGGGGGGAUAAUCAGAGAGCUGUGUAAAGGGAGGAAAGAAAAGACCCGAAAACAUCUAGAUUUCUGAUGCUCAAAUAUUAAGGAAUUUAUUAUUGUACGUGUUCUUGACUGUUAAUAAUCAGAGUGUCAUUAAACAUGAUUUUUCCCUGGCAAAGGUUCAAAAUAGCAGAUUUAUUUAUUUUUUUUUUUUUUUAAUUUCUGAGUUUGUUAUACGAAGAGAAAAAGUGGAGGAAAAAUUAAUUUUAGGAUGUUCGUACAUAUUAAACAGUUUCCGUAUAUAUUCUGGAGCAUACUAGUAUACAAAUUAGUCUUUAAAUUUUUGAAUUAUACUGCACUAUUGUUUGUAGUAGUAAUAUCUAUAAAAUACAGUACACGAAUACAAAAAGAUUUAUGAUAUGCGUUUACUUUUCAAGAGCAAGUAAAAUUGAACUUUUGUAUAAAAUUCGCCAAAAAUAGUCUUGUAUCUCGGUACAGCCAGUUUAUGUCAGUCAUUUCAAAAAUAAAAUA